AUGGAAUAUCAUCAACCAGUGAACUGUCUUCAACCAGGCUACGUCGCGUUUAUCGAGAAUCUCCUGCCUCCUUGCCCUUGCGGUUGCGGCUUGCAUGAGUCGUGCCCGGCGGCCAGAACAGAUUCCGCUCCCCCUUCCGCCGUAGUCGCGCGCGCAUCCUCUGCGCUGCCCUCUAAGCCGCUCAUGAGGCAACUUUCGCGGCAGGCUGGGGAGGCGGAACCCGCGCCGAUCCCCUCCCAUCGCCCGUCCGCACCGCUCUUGGCUGCGAUACCGCGAACAGCUAGCUUCGAUACUGGGUCCGCCAUGGCGGCGGCCGGCCGCAGCGCGCCGAGCGGUCGCGCCGCUUCUGGCGCGGGCGGCGCAGCGCGACGAGUGGAUCUAAUGGCGCUGUUGGAAUCGUGGGAGAAGGAGCUCGGAACGUCGUCGGAUGAGGAGUCCGUCGAGGGGGACAGGGUUCCUCGGUACGGCGCGGGGAGGCCGCGCGAAGAAGGACAUUCGGCGAAUAGGAUUACCAGAUUCUCCUCGUUCAACGGUUCUUCCUACAACACGAGGAAAUUUGCGGAAGGAUCGGCGGAGGGCGCCCCGGAGGGCUCGGCGGAGCGGAAAGAGGGUAUCAUGGCGCAAGGGACCGUGGCGGGAGCGGCAGCGGGGGCGGCAGCGGGGGCGGUGGCGACGGGGGCGACGACGACGUGGAAUCAUAGCAGGGUGGGGAGAAUCACCAAAUGGCGGAAUGCUGCAGAUGCCGCUCCGGGGAAUCCGGCGGACGGCGGACUGUCGGGAUCCUUCCGCGCGCGCGAGUUUCGGCGGCAGGCGUCAUUUGUAGAGCCCUCGCGCGCCGCCGCGAAGGCGCAGCCGUUCGGCGCGCCUAGUAACGGGUCACCGGAGCAUGCCUUUGUCGCGUACAUGGCUCAGCAGCGAUCCAGCCUGGAAAACCUCGAAGACGCCGCGUCGUUUUUCUGCGGCGCCGCGCACCAGGCGCGCUCCGACGAUGACACAGCGGUAGCGAAUAUCGAGCUUGCUUUUCCAUCUGCGGAUAAAAUCUCCUCCGGUGGGAUCGCAGGCCGAAAUGCCAUCCAGACUUUUUCUGACAAGACGGGAGCGUUAGGAAGUUUCGCGGAUGCAGCUCUGCCCGUAGAUCCGCCGGAGGAGGUAAGCCGCGCGUUGGCGGUGCUGUCGCAAUGGCGCGCUAAGGCGCAGAGCGGACGCGGCGAGAACGUGAGACAGCAAGUCGGAGGCAAUGUCAAAUCUCCUCCGUCCGCCGGUCCAUCGGAUAAGGUUGCUUCCGCAGGGUCCGCGGCUUCCGCUGCGUUCUCAUCAGUGUUCCCUCUCUCGUCCGCCGCUUCGCCUCCCGCCAGCCCUUCCGCCCCCCCGCACUCCGCCACCUUCCCCCUUUCCCUCGCGGGGUCCCCCGGCUCCCCCUCUUCCGACUCUUCCCCCACCCGCACUUCAUCCACGUCGUCUUCCGCCGUCCCCAUUGCGGCGCCUGUUACAGAUGCCAAGUCAGCAGCCGCUACCGCGCUCGCCAUCAUGCCAAUCAUGGCCAGGCACGCGCACGCGCGGGGGCUGGUCGGCGGACAAGCUACGCGCAACGCGCGCGCGGUCGGCGCAGAUUGCGGGAGGCCCGCUGCCGUGGAGUCUUGCGCGGACGCGCUGCCUGGCGCGCGCAGGGCGAACGCGGAGGGGGAAAAGGCCGUUGAUUUCGCCAACCAUAGCGGCGGGAUUCAGGCAGUUAGUAGCCGAAGGGGGGGCUGGGGAAGCGCAGGGGAAUGCGACGAGGGGCAGGCGGGAAGAAUCGGGGGACUUGGGGGUGAGGUCGCAGGCGCGGGCGCAGACGCAGGCGCAGGCGCGGGCGCGGGCGCGGGCGCGGGGAAGGUUCCCCCUCGCAGCCACGUACAGGCGCUGCUGGAGGACGCGCGGAGCCGGCGCGAGGCGUAUCUGCGCAUCCGAAGCCGCAGCGGGUCGCUCUCCGUAUCCCCCUUUACUUUCGCCCCUCAUGCGCUCACUCCCGCGCCCGGCCCUCCCCCCGCUACUGCCACGCCCGUUCCAGCCCCAUCCCGCGUGCAAACGUUUUUCCCGCCUAGACAUCCCGUUCUGCUGUCGCAGAAGCGCGGAAGCGGGGGAGAAGGCGGAGCGGCAGGGGAAGCGGGGGGAGCGGGAGAAGUGGGGGGUGAGGAUGUUGGUCUGGCGCAAUCCCAGAACCACAUUUCCGCCGCGGCUUGCGCCGCGGCCGCCUUUACCGGCGCAACAGGCGGAGGGUUGGGCGCUGCAGGCGGAACUUUGGUCGCAACAGGCGGAGAGCUGGGCGCGGAAGGCGGAAAUCUGGGCGCAAACAGGCGGAGCGGAGGCGGUGCAGGCGUGGCGGCACGGGGAAGGGCAGGCGCAGAGGCGCAGCGGCAUGCCGCCCCUGUCCCCGCGGUCGUCCGCACCAUUGGGGGUCACGCAAUGCGCCCCUGUCGCACCCGCCACCCGCUCCUGUCUCGCCUCCACUGCUCUCACCCUGGCCCCUCUCCUCCCCAUUCCUCCUUCUCCGGCCCUCUUUCCUCCUCCCCCUUCUCCGGCCCUCUCACCUCCUCCCCAUUCUCCGGACCUCUCUCCUCAUUCUCCGGCCCCCUCUCCUCCUCGCUCCCUUCCGCCUCGCCCCUCACGCGCGGCCUCUCCAAAACCUCUCUCAAGCGCGCCCCCUCCCCACAGCCGUCCACGAGUCACCCCAGUCAACGCAGAGGGCGCCGUCCCCUCGAGUGGGCUUCGAGUGCGGUCAGCAGGCGCCGUCCCCCCGCGCGCGAGGCAGUGGCGGCACAGCCACAGUCGCAGGCGCAGGCGCAGGCGCAGGCACAGCUGCAGCUGCAGGCACAGAAAGCGUUUCGCCUGGCGUUACAUUGGAUGGCGAUGCUGCUGCUGCUUGCCAGCAGCAGCGCUGGCGGUGUUGCCAGCUGUCGCUUUCCGUCGAGCCGUUCCGUGGAUGCAGGCAAGUCAGGUGCUGCUGCUGCUGGGGGGGGCUCGCGCGGGCGCAGGCUGAUGAAGGGCGGCAGCGCGCAGGAGCGCGGGCUGGCGCGCAUAGGCGAGCGCAGACGAGCCGACGCAGCAGCUGCAGGUGCAGCAGGUGCAGGGGUUGCAAGGGGUGCAGCAGGGUUGGGAGGGAUGGCAGAGGCAGCAGCAGGGAGCAGGGAGUAUGUGAAUCGGAAAGUGCAGAUCCCACAUUCCUGGAAAGCCCCUCCGACCAUUAUCGUGCCCUCUCCCUCCUCCUCAUCCCCCUCCAUCUCCUCCCUCUCCUCUAUCCCCUCCCUUUCCUCCUUUCCCUCCUCCUCUUCCAUCCCCUCCUCCUCCUCUAUUCUCUCCUCCUCCUCCUCCUCCUCUUCUCUCGCCUUUGCGUCGCCUGCCCCCACAAGUCAAUCUCCAAUGCUGCCUUCUGCUACUCCUGUUGAGGCUGCUGCGUCUCAAAAUUCAUCCCCAGUGCUGCCCUCACCUGCGGCACCUGAUGAAACACCUGAGGGGACACCUGAAGCGGCACCUGAAAACGGCACCUGA